AUGGCAGCUGACCGUGAGAUUGCUGCUGAAGACAGCAUCCGAGUGGUUUGCCGAUUUCGGCCACUGAAUGACUCUGAAGAAAAAGCUGGUUCUAAAUUUAUUGUGAAAUUUCCUUCUGGACCCGAUGACAAUUGCAUUUCAAUAGGGGGCAAAGUAUACUUGUUUGACAAAGUAUUCAAACCAAAUGCAACUCAAGAAAAGGUAUACAAUGAAGCCGCCAAGAGUAUUGUGUCAGAUGUCCUGGCUGGGUAUAACGGCACUAUUUUUGCAUAUGGACAAACCAGUUCAGGCAAAACACAUACUAUGGAAGGUGUCAUAGGUGAUCCAGGGAAACAGGGUAUUAUUCCACGGAUAGUUAAUGACAUAUUCAACCAUAUUUAUGCCAUGGAAGAAAAUUUAGAAUUUCACAUUAAAGUGUCAUACUUUGAAAUUUACAUGGACAAAAUCAGGGACUUGUUGGACGUUUCAAAAGUGAACCUUAGCGUUCAUGAAGACAAGAAUAGAGUCCCUUUUGUCAAAGGUGCUACUGAACGAUUUGUGUCAAGUCCUGAAGAAGUGUUUGAAGUUAUUGAGGAGGGCAAAUCAAAUCGACACAUUGCAGUCACAAACAUGAAUGAACAUUCAUCUAGAUCUCAUUCAGUCUUCCUCAUAAAUGUUAAACAGGAGAAUCUCGAAAACCAAAAGAAACUUUCGGGAAAGUUAUAUCUGGUUGACUUGGCUGGUUCUGAGAAGGUAUCUAAAACUGGUGCUGAAGGUACUGUCCUUGAUGAAGCAAAAAAUAUCAACAAAUCAUUAUCAGCCUUGGGUAAUGUUAUUUCUGCAUUGGCUGAUGGUAACAAGUCACACAUCCCUUACAGAGACUCAAAACUGACACGUAUCUUACAAGAGUCGCUCGGAGGUAACGCCAGGACGACUAUUGUUAUCUGUUGUUCCCCUGCCUCAUUUAACGAGAGUGAGACCAAGAGCACGCUUGACUUUGGUAAAAGAGCUAAGACUGUUAAGAAUGUGGUUUGCGUCAACGAGGAGCUUACUGCUGAGGAAUGGAAGCGUCGUUAUGAGAGAGAAAAGGAGAAGGUGGCUAGGCUAAAGGGCAAGGUUGAGAAACUAGAGGGCGAAAUAAGUCGCUGGCGAUCUGGCGAGACUGUUCGUAUCGAAGAACAAGUCAACCUAAUGGAGCUUGAAGCUGUCACUCCUGUUACAUCAUUCAUUGAGGAGAAACCACCAGUAGCACCCAUCCCAGUUGCUGUGUCCAAUGCUGUUGAAGAUGUGGCCAUGCAAGGUAAACUGGAGGCCCUGUAUCAACAACUGGAUGACAAAGAUGAGGAGAUCAACCAGCAUUCUCAGCUGGUUGAAAAACUCAAAGAGCAGAUGAUGGAACAGGAGGAGCUUAUUGCUUGCACAAGGCGCGAUUACGAGGCCUUACAAGGUGACAUGAAUCGCAUCCAGCAAGAGAAUGAAGCAGCUAAGGAGGAAGUUAAGGAAGUUCUGCAGGCUCUCGAGGAGCUUGCAGUCAAUUAUGACCAAAAGUCUCAAGAAGUUGACAGCAAGAGUCGUGAGUGCGACCAGCUCUCCGAAGAGUUGCAGACUAAGCAGAGUGCUUUGGCAAGUGCUACCUCCGAACUCCAGCAACUCCGUGACCUAUCAGCACAUCAACGCAAACGUAUUGCGGAGCUACUCACGAACUUAUUACGAGAUCUUGCCGAGAUUGGCGCAGCCGUCGGAGGGUCAGAACUUGAUUUCAAGCUCAAUGUGGACACCGUUGGCAAACUGGAAGAGGAGUUCACCGUCGCUCGUUUGCAUAUCAGCAAGAUGAAGAGCGAAGUUAAAAAUAUCGUACAACGUUGCCAUUCCUUGGAGUCUGCUAAUAUUGACGCUAACCAAAAGAUUGAGGAGUACGAGCGUUCGCUGGGCGAGUGCCGUCUUCUCAUCUCUCAGCAUGAGGCGCGGUGUGCUUCGCUGGCGGAAUCUAUGCGCGAGGCGGAGAACAAGAAGAGACAGCUUGAGGAAGCUGCUGAUGCUCUUCGAGAGGAAUGUGCACGUUUACAGGCGGCGGAGCGCGUGCAGCUGGCGGCGGCGGAGCAGCGCGCCGACUCGCAGGUGCGCAGCGCGCUCGAGGCUCAGCUGGAGCAGCUGCGCACGGCGCACGCCACGCAGCUCUCCGCGCUGCGCGACGAGCUCGCCGCGCUGCAGCGCCACCACCAGGAGCUCAAGGACUCAUACCAGGAAUUGACACUGGCUCGCCAGCAACUGCAGGACGACUACGAAAAACUGAAGCGCGAAGAAGCCGACAAAUCGGCCAAACUCAAGGAACUCAUUCAAAGCGUGGAGCGGCGUGAACAAGCCCGCGCUGAUCUCAAAGGUUUGGAGGAUACUGUUGCGAAGGAACUGCAGACGCUGCACAACCUGCGCAAAUUAUUCGUACAAGAUUUGCAGGCGAGGAUAAAGAAAUCCAACAACUCGGAAGAGGGCGCCGAGGAGGAAGGCGGUUCGUUGGCUCAAAAGCAAAAGAUAUCUUUCCUGGAAAACAACUUGGAGCAGCUGACGAAGGUGCACAAACAGUUGGUGCGCGACAACGCGGACCUGCGCUGUGAGGUGCCCAAGUUAGAGAAGCGCCUGCGAGCCACCAUGGAGAGGGUCAAGGCGCUGGAGACUGCGCUCAAGGAAGCGAAGGACGGCGCUAUGCGCGAUCGCAAGAGAUAUCAGUUUGAAGUGGACAGGAUUAAGGAAGCUGUGCGUGCCAAGAAUCUCGCCCGGCGGGGCCCACAAGCGCAAAUCGCGAAACCCAUUAGAGCCGGAGGCGGACACUUGGUGGGUGGUGGAGCGCCGGGUGUCGUACGACCUGCGCCUGCACAAGACAUUAAAAGGAAAUCGAUCAUCGUUGGAGCACGAGAUGAGAGUUGA